AUGAAGUCUGUAUCGUCCGUUCUGCUCCUCGUGAGCACUGCCGUUGCAACUCGCACCGGCCCCCUCCAGCCCAGACAGUCUGGCAGCAGCAGCACGCCAGAGGUCACCGUCAAGGGAAAUGCAUUCUGGGCCGGUGAUGAGCGUUUCUACAUCCGUGGCGUGGCUUACCAGCCAGGUGGCGCUGCUGACGCCGCUGACCCCUUGAUUGACAUCACGAGUCUCAAGAGGGACGUCGAGAACUUCAAGGACCUCGGCAUCAACACCAUCCGUGUGUACACCGUCGACAACUCGGAGAACCACGAUGAGGGCAUGAAGCUCCUCGCCGACGCGGGCAUCUACCUCGCCCUGGACGUGAACUCGCCCAAGUUCUCGCUCAACCGUGCUGAUCCCUACCAGUCGUACAACGAGAAGUACCUGCAGUCCGUCUUCGCGACUGUCGACGCCUUCGCCAACUACUCCAACACCCUGCUCUUCUUCAGCGGUAACGAGGUCAUCAACGACAAGAAGACGACCGGCACCGCCCCCUACAUCCGCGCCGUCACCCGUGACAUCAAGAACUACAUCAACGCCCGCGGCUACCGCACCAUCCCCACCGGCUACUCGUCCGCCGAUGUCUCCGAGAACAUCGUCGAGCAGCUCGAGUACUUCGACUGCGGAGACGACAGCUCCCGCGCCGACUUCUUCGCCUUCAACGACUACUCCUGGUGCGACCCCUCGGACUUCGUCAAGUCCGGCUGGAAGGCCAAGGUCGAGAAGUACAGCGGCUACGGCAUCCCCAUGUUCCUGUCCGAGUACGGCUGCAUCGAGGAUGAGCGUGCCUGGGGCGAGGUCGAGGCGCUGUACUCCACCAACAUGACCACUGUCUUCUCCGGCGGCAUCGCCUACGAGUACUCGGUCGAGCCCAACGGAUACGGUAUCGUCGAGAUCAAGAACGGCAACAUCACCCCCAACAAGGACUUCGAGGAGCUGGCCACCGCCUUCAAGAACACCCCCAACCCCUCUGGCGACGGCGAGUUCGACUCCGACUCCACCGCUGCCGAGUGCCCUGCCGCGUCCGACAACUGGGAGGUCACCGACGAGCUGAUCCCCGCUCCUCCCUCCGGCAUCGAGGAGUUCAUGGACAACGGUGCCGGCACCGGCCCCGGCCUGUCCAAGAGCGCCGUCACCUCGCACUACGGUGGUGACUCCUACUCCGAGUCCAACAUCACCAUGGACGGCGUUGUUGUCGCCUCCACCGGCAACGGCUCGUCCUCCUCCUCCGGCGGUUCAAGCGGAAGCAGCAGCGGCAGCUCGUCCGAGAGCGGUGCCAUCGGCUCUGCUGCUCCUGGUCUGGUCCUGUCCAUGGUGUCUGCCGUGUGCCUGGGUCUGAUUGUCUUCAUCUAA